UUGAUUUUGUCAGUGGCCGUGUUCGGUUGUCGGCGAGUUAACGGCACGCCUAUCAAAAGCCGCUCAAAGCCCAGCUUUUACUUAAGUUUCGAGCAACAAAACAAGCACAGCCGAUAAAAGUGUUGAAACUCUUUCUUUUAGGUCUUUUAGUUGUGUUUUUAUUAUUUGUUCUGUGCGUGCGUCUUUUGUUCUUGUACGUUACAUUAUCAUGUAAAAAAGAAAACAAUACAGAAAAAGCUGCAUCGCUUAUCAGACGCUCCCGAUUACAGACCUGUAUAUACAUUGUACAAAAGUAAGAAUCAACGUGUGGCACGUUAUCAGCUCCGUAAAAAGAAACAACAAAAAAACCAAAAGCGAUCUCAAAAGAACAAAAAAAAAGGUGCCGAUGAUUUCCAGUACGGCUGUUACCAACGACAACAGCAACAAUAACAGCAGAAAGAACAAGAAACUGACAUUGACAGAGAGAGAGCCACAAAACAUUUGAACCUUUCCAUCGUCAGCGGAUCUAUGGUGUGCGCUGGAUAUUGUGCAACAUACUCAGCGUUGUGAGGGGGAAUUCGGCCAGAAGGCAAGCUGAAAACUUUGUUGCCGAUACCAAUGAAAACCAAUGAAAACGGCGACUGCAAAUAUAGUGUAUACGAGUCAAGCACAAACCGAACAGUUGCUAAAGAACAGCUAAAGCGAAGAAAGUUUGGGCCUCGCAGUCAUACGUACAAGUGCCUAAAUCAUAAUCCAAUUUCGCGACGCAUUUAUGUGCCACAGACGUGCAACAGGCUCAAGAUACUUGAACCGAGUCUUAGUCUCAAUCUGAAUCUGAAUCUAAGCCGCAAUUCCUGACCAGAGCCAAGUGCAAACGCAAGUUCAAGUUGUUGUUGUUGACGCGUUUUUUUCCCGUUGUUUUUUCUGUUUAUCUUUUUGGCAACAACACCCACCGCGGUGCAUGUUUUGUUUUUGUUUUCGAUUCGACUGCCUGUUGCACAAAAGCCAGUCGCUGCAGUUGCCUUAAUUGCCUCGACAGCCGCAACAAUCAACUGACGACGCUAUUAAACAAUCGAAAACGAAAUUCAGCAAGUGAAUACUUACUUAAAAACAGAGAAAGAGUGAGAAAGAGAGAAAGACAGUGAGAGAGUGUCCGACGAAGACAGCCGCAUAAAGCCAAGUGUAGAUUGUGAAUGACAACGGGCCAGCUCCUUCAGUUGGUUGCCAACAGCUUGAGCAACCUGGCCCAGUUGCUGACGAGUUUCCUUUUAGCCGAGCACACGGGAGGCACUCUACCUGAAACUGCCGCAACUGGAACCAGGUAACUGGUCUCUGAUAUUAUCAGCGAGUGCAGUCUACCUGGCCACAAAUACAAUAAUACACUCAAACAAACACAUAUACACACCAAUGUACUCGGCUGUUGAUUAUUACGCGGAAAUGGGACAAAUCUCACAAGAUUGCUCGUCCACAGAUUUUGAUAUGGAUGAUCUCGAUGAAUGCGAUCAGGUGACACAAGUGAUUGGCUAUCAUCCACUUUAUCGUGAUCAUUUUCUGCGUACGCAGAACUUUAUUAUGAAAGGUGAUGGACCCUUACCAUAUGCUUAUAGAUACUAUUUGGCCAUAAUUGCAGCCGCACGCCAUCAAUGCCCCUAUCUGGUAAAACGCUACGAGAAGGAGUUCAUUAAUCAGGGCGGCAACAGUGAAUGGCUAAAUGGACUGGACUAUAUACCCGCCAAAUUACGUGCCAUAUACGAUAUAAAUAAAAUAUUAGCCCAUCGUCCCUGGCUGUUGCGCAAGGAGCAUAUCGAGCGUCUGACCAAGGGCAGGAGCAGCUGGUCCCUGUCGGAGGUAGUACACGCAAUGGUAUUGCUAUCGCAUUUCCAUUCGCUCUCCUCGUUUGUGUUCUCCUGCGGUCUAACACAAAAGCUCGAUGGUUUGUCUAGUCCCAAAUUAAAAGGUGCGCCUGUGUCAAUGCCGCCGCAGUCACCGCCGUUGCCGCCGGUCGAUGAUGCACGUCAGCCAACAACCAGUCCCAUUAACCAACAGCAGCAGCAGCAGCAGCAGAAAAAUGUUCUUGGCGAGAUAUCACUGAACAGCAGCAGCGCCGGCGGUGGCAACAAUACAAAGCAAGAUUACAACAAUACAAUGGACAAUAACAAUAGCCGCAGCACUGGAGCCAACAACAAUUUUGGCCAACACUAUUUGGCCACCGCAGAGCUGCAGCCACAGCAUCAAUGUGCCAUUUCUGUGGAGGCAUUGAUGGAGCGCAUGAAGGUGCUCUCCCAGAACCAGGACGAGUGCAGCGAGGCCGAGCUAAGUAAUCGCUUUAAGAGCGUUGAGCUGCAGACCGCAGAGCUGGCAGCAGCUUCUCCCGAGGUUGCUGUUGCACUGCCGCCAAUAAUCUCGCACUACGUGGACGAUGCCAGCUUCACGUACCAGGACUUUGCUCGCCGUGGUGCCGAGAAUAUUAACACAUUUCGCAUUCAGGACUAUUCUUGGGAGGAUCAUGGCUAUUCUCUAGUGGAUGGCUUGUACAACGAUGUGGGCACUUUUUUGGACGAAAAGUUUCGCGCUGCCUACAACUUGACGUACUUUACAAUGGGCGGCAUUAAGAAUGUAGAUACAUCGAAGUUUCGUCGGGCCAUUUGGAAUUACAUACAGUGCAUAUUUGGCAUACGUCACGAUGACUACGACUACGGUGAAGUUAACCAGCUGCUCGUGCGCCCGUUGAAAAUGUUUAUAAAGACAGCCUGCUGCUUUCCGGAGCGCAUUACCACCAAGGAUUAUGAUAGUGUGCUCGUGGAGCUGCAGGAUAGUGAAAAGGUUCAUGUUAAUCUAAUGAUCAUGGAAGCCCGUAACCAGGCCGAAUUACUCUAUGCUUUGCGCGAGAUUAUGCGCUAUAUGACUUGAUCUCAUUAAGUGAUUAAAGAUAUAUAUACAAAUACAUACACAUAACUAAAAACAAUCAAAAACACGCAUGCAUACAUCAUAUAGUUACCACUAUAUAUAUAUUAAAGGCUCCACAUAGAGAGUUGAUGACGAGUUUUUAAUUUUACAAGAGCAUUAAAGAACAGAAUUAAAUGAAAAAAAAACAGACCCGAUAAAAAGUAGUUGCAAUAGAUCCCACUGAAAUUUGUGUCAAUGUGUCAAUCAAUGUAUGUCUCAUCUAUAUAUAUAGUAUAGUCUAAUCAAAUUCGUCAAUGUCUACUUUUUGUGAAUGAAAUUAGAAAUAUACUACAGCUGUUUAUAAUAUUA